UGAUUACAAUUUGCAGUAACAGUAUAACUGCGGAAAUCGUGCAGAUUUCGAAAACACUAACAACCGGUAUUGUUAGAAGAGUUGUCAAUUCGCUGUAAUUGACAAGCUGUCAACCGUGAAGAAGAAGUAGAUUUAGCUUGCAUACAUUUUUUCACCGACCCCUGCACAAUUUUGCGUGAAAAAAAUUUAAAAAUAUUGUAUGAAAAUUAUUUAAAUUACCAAGUUUUGGGAAAAAAUGGCUCCGUUUAAACGCCAGCGCCAACCGAAAAUGACAACGCAGGCUCUGUUAGAUUUUGAUUUAGGCGAAAGUUCAUCAGACAGUGAUUUUCGCAUCGAUGAUUAUGAUUCACCUAACUCUAAGGAUGAUGAAGAUGGCGAAUGUAAUUCCUCUAGCACAGCUGAUACCUCAUCAGAAGAUAGCAAUGCGGAAGAUGAUUCCGAAGACUCUACAAUGCAAUUGAAACAAUUGCUGGCCGAAGGUGUAGAUGCGGAAACGGGCGACGGACUUGAAAACGCAUGCCCUGCCAGUGACAAACUAGAAGAGAUAUUAAAAAAACAAGACGUCAAAUUAGAAGAGCAAUCUAAAGUAAACAUUAAACCCAUAUGCUGCGUCUGCCUGGGUGAUCGUAGCGAUGAUUCUAAUGAAAUAGUAGAAUGCGAUGGAUGCAGUGUGUCUGUACAUGAAGGAUGCUACGGUGUUAGUGAUAAUAAUAGCAUAUCGAGCACGAAUUCCACGUGCUCGACAGAACCUUGGUUUUGUGAAGCUUGCAGGGCCGGAGUUUCGGAACCUACAUGUGAACUAUGCCCCAAUAAAGGCGGUAUUUAUAAAGAAACGGAUGUAGGAAAAUGGGUACAUUUGGUUUGCGCUCUAUAUGUACCGGGUGUAGCAUUUGGUGAAGUGGACCAACUAUCGUCUGUGACCUUAUUUGAAAUGCAGUAUAAUAAAUGGGGUGGUAAAGCUUGCUCUUUAUGUGAAAAUUCACGUUUUGCGCGCACAGGCGUAUGUAUAGGUUGUGAUGCUGGUAUGUGUAAGACUUACUUUCAUGUAACUUGUGCCCAGGCGGCAGGUUUCCUAACAGAAGCUCAUCACGAAGAGGCUGAUGUCGCCGAUCCAUUCUAUGCUCACUGCAAAGUUCACUCUGAAAAAGAAAUGAUUAAGAAGCGUAAGCGAAAUUUUCACACCCUGCGUCUCAAUUUAGAACAGAAGCAAAAGGAGCGAAAACUACUUAAAUUAGAAGAACCCUGCCCGGCUCAAAUGCGCAUACAGAGAAAGUUACAGAAAUAUCAAAGUAAAUAUGCGGCUCAUAAGCAGAUGAGGCCCCAACCCUGGGUGCCUACGCAAAAAAUGUCACGUUUGCUUACCACGUCUGCAUCGGCUUGUCGACGACUGUUAGCCAAGGCCGAUGUGAUGUCGGUGGAUGUUGAUCUUAUGGAAAGGCAAGAAGCACAAAUAGCCGCCCUAACUGAUAUACGCAAAAAGUGGCAUGUAGCUCCAGCCUUCAGCGUAGAGUUUAUUGCUUACUACUUGGACCGCAUUUCGCGAACAAAAGAAUUGAAGCAACAAUUGAAGGAGAUGUUCGAGCAAAACUCUGCACUAACAAAAGACCAAGAUACCUUACGCAACGACUAUGACUCCUUGUUGGAUAAAAAUAAAGAUCUUAAAACAAAGAAUGAAAAUUUGAUGGAUUCCAUUAAUGAAAUUCAAAAACAAAUAUCAUCAUUAUGUCCGAACAAAAAUUUACCAAACCCUGCAAAUAUAGGUUGUCAAGCGUCAAUUGAGAACUCUAAACCAUGUAGUACAAGUACACCGCCAUCCAGACCCAUAAGUGUUCCAACAGCAGCUGCUUUGAAAAUGGGGGUUGGUUUUCCUUUGUCUCACCUGGGGCCACCAGGUUCCAAAGUAGAUUCCAAUCGUCUAUUAAGCACACACGUGAACAAUUCGCCGUCAACGCAAAUGCCGAUGUCUCCUGCAAUGGAUUUGCCUGUUUAUCCAAGUACUUCCACUAUUCCAACCGCUCCCACGGUAACAGUGCCUACAUAUGAAUGCGGUAUCUGUAAGAAAAUGACAGACCAACACUUGUUGGCUAAAUGCGAUACAUGCAAAUUGCAUUAUCACUUAGGUUGUUUGAAUCCUCCGUUAACUAGACACCCCAAGAAAUCGAAACUUUAUGGUUGGCAAUGCUCGGAAUGUGAUAAAUCUGAUGAGUCAGAUGUAGUAAGAGAAUUACCUAAGGGACCUCGUAAAUCACGUACACGUUUUAAUAAGGACGGCUUAAUAGUACCCGUAGAUAAACAAGUGUGUGAUGAAACGCAGCAAAAUUUAAACUCAACGAAAAAGCGUACCCUCGAAGCACAAACUAACGUAUCACAAACGCUUUCAUCACCUUCCUUGAAAAGAUCGCACAAUAGAUCAUUCUCUACGGUUGAAGAUGUAGAAGACAAUCAGAAAAAACUUGCAAAUUCUGAUAGUGCAACAAAAUUAAGCAAAAAACCUAAAUCAAGUUUAAAUUAUGGAAAGCCUCCCUCACAGCAGCAACAAAUUGCAUCGAAAAAAACUAAGCUUAAUAACGAAGACUUUCACUCGGUCUCAAUUAAAGAACCAGCAACCAACUCCACUCACAAUGAAAAGUUCGCGGUAGAAGAAAUAUCGUCAAUCGUAAAUACGACGCAACCGCCGAUUGUGAUGGACAGCGUCAUGCAAAUGAAUGUCGAAGCGGACCCUUUAGCUAUACCUGCCCCCCUACUCGCUAAUAAUGCGCAAGUAACUUUGCCAGAUACGGUUGGCAGUUCCUCAAAACAGGCGCGCAAGCAAAAACGCAAAGAUAAACAUAAAAACAAACAUAAUCCGUUGUCAGAUAAUGAAAGAAUAUCCAAUAAAGAGCACAAACAUAAACGUAAGAAAAGCAGGCGUGAUUCAGAAGCACCCACUGAUACUCUUGCUGGCAUACCGAAAAUCAAAAUUAAAUUCAAAACAUUGCCGUUACCCGGAGAAGUAACUCCCGAGGCUCAAUUUUUCUAUGUCCCCGCUAAUAUGGUGCGUUCGGCUGGUGAAGCUUCGCGACCUACUUCAGUGGAAACUAUCGAAGAUAUGCCCAGAGUAUCGACACCAGUGCAAAAAGUCACAGAGGAUACGGUGGCAACCAAUAAAGGCCAACUUACUUCGCCCCGUUCUACUUCCAGUAAAUAUGCAAUAAAUUCACCGGUCAAAACGACGCCAUCGUCUCGUAAAAGCAGUCCUCGUAAACCCAGUCAGCGUCGUACCUCAAUAUCCGCUCGUCCGUCUAAAGCUGCAGCCGUCAAUGCAAACCAAAAUUUAACUUGUUGCGUAUGCCAAAAUUCGGGCACUUCCGGGAAUGCCGUAACUUGCGACGAAUGCCGACGUCAUUACCAUUUCACCUGUUUAGAUCCACCACUUAAAAAAUCGCCAAAAAUACGUGGCUACUCAUGGCAUUGUGCGGACUGUGAUCCUACUGAAGAGGAAAAAAUCUAAUUCCAUUGGUUAUGGUUUUAUAUAUUUAUACAUAUAUGUAUAUAUAUAUAUAUAUAUAUCUAUUUAGACAUACACACAUUCUUUCCCACGAACGGGGAUUCCCGAGAUUCACUUGAAAAGUACACGUGUAUAUUUAUGUAUAUACAUAAAUAAAAAUUGGAACAUGUUCGUUGAAAACGUAUAGUUGUAAAAUUGAAAAGCUGUACCUAUACGUUUCUGGACGCGAUAGCUAAGUCUCCACUAUGCGCCAAAUGUGGUUUAAAUACCUUUCGAACGAUUUGUCCCACUUCUUAUAUAUACUUUUGGUUUCAUAAAUCACUAAAAUUCAAAAAUAAGCUGUCAAUCUGUUUAUACAUUAUUUACCUUUGAUUUCGCCUAAUCUUAAUUUUUUUGUUUUUUAUUUAUUAAAUUUUUUUCUUAUUAGCCGUGAUCAAUACAAUAGGAAUAAGUUAA